AAGAAGACAUGCGAACAUCGCCCGCAGCGUAAGGCCGCGCGCUUCCUUCCUGCACAUUCCACAAUUCUGUUCACGGAGAAGUCAUGGAACCAUCUCAGCAUCGGCGAACGGCACCCAGCAGGCGCCUGACCACAAUCCACGAAGAGGCUUCCGACGAAGCUUCUCAGGCGCAGAAUCUCUCAAUAAAAACGCGAGAUAGUCUAACAAUCGCUAUCGAGAAAGAACUGCAACGUCAAGAAAAAAAGCAACAAGUACAGAUUCCCGAAAGAAAGAUGUGGAACAGUGACCUCAACCUCAUCUUGGCCUGCUUGGGCAUUACGCUGGGCAUGAGCAGCAUCUGGAGAUUUCCGAAAGUGGCGUAUGAGAACGGAGGAGGUGCCUUCCUGUUCGCGUGUACGGUCAUGUCCGUGUUCGUGAGUUACCCCUUCUUCUACCUGGAGCUCAUCAUCGGACAGUACACCCGGUUAGGACCAAGUGCUAUUACAAGAUGCGUUCCACUUGCGAAGGGUGUAGAGAUCGCCAUAUUUCUCGUGGGCUUCACGGUCUCCAUCUACUUUAGCGUCAUGCUGGCCCAGAGUCUGCUUCAUCUUUUCCUGACCUUCGUCAACCUCAACAUAUUGCCUGUGGCCGGUUGUGUCGGAUUCUGGGAAAAGAAAGUGGAGGCGUGUUACAAGACAGAUAAGAAACUCUGUUCUGAAAAGAGUCAUGCACCACGACUCCUGUCGAACCACGCUCAACAGAAUGUAGUUCUCGGGUCCACAGAAGACCAGCAUCCUUUCAUGCAUGACCUGGACAACAGCAAUUUGCCGAACUGCGUCAACAUCACCGAGACAAUGAACGAGCACUUCUUUCACGUGUCAGUAGGCAUGACCAACGAGUACGUUGGAAGUGUCGUAGGAAUUCAACCGGAGCUAGCAAUUUGCCUGGCGCUAUGCUGGACACUCCUCUUCACGUGUCUUACAACAGGAAUUACGGGAACACGAAAGAAGGCCUUCGUACUCAUGGUGGUUCCUAUCGGCCUCAUGACCUUCCUUAUGGUGGGUACCCUGAUGGAAGAGGACGCAACUUACGGCGUAUUUUACCUCAUGUUCCCCAAAUGGGAACAGCUUCUCGACAUUAAGAUCUGGGCCAACGCAGUGACUCAGCAGCUGCUUGCCCACGGCUUAGCCCACGGUCCUGUACUUGUCUACGGAAGCUUCCACCAUUUCAACGGGGACAUUCACAGGGCCGUAUUCGUCGUUACUGGAUUUGGCUUAACAGCAAGCAUCGUGUACAGCGUAAUUGUCUUCUCAUCACUAGGGCGGCUUGCACUGAGCCUUAACAUGACGAUCGAAAAUGUGGUGCAUAGCGGGCAAAGCGUGGUAUUCGUCGCCAUGAACAAGUACUCUACCCAUUGGUUGUUUUCAUCGUCAUUUUUUCUGCUCGCAGUAGUGGCUGGAACGCUUUCGCAGGUGGGCAUUGUGGAAGUCUCCCUGAUUCACCUCUGCGACGUAUUCCCUUUCGUCUAUUCCAACAUUAAGCCAUUCUCUCUGCUGUACUGCAUUGCUGGGUGCCUCCUCGGAGUUCCUUUUGUAACUCAGGGUGGACUGUACCUGCUGCAUAUGAUAGACUCUCAAGUGGUGGGAUUUCUUCUACCAUUUGUGGCUCUUUUCGAAACUGUUUCUAUUAUAUGGAUAUACGGUUUAGAACACCUCAAACUGGACGUGAUGCUGAUGCAGGGUGACCUUUCGGCUACGAAGCUUGAGUUUGCUUGGGGCAUGGUUCUGCCCCUGAUAUUAUCCGGUAGCGUUAUAACCAACCUCCUGACCGGGUGUUCAUCUCUACACUUCGGGCCAAUCGAGUAUCCGAUCUACACUUGUUAUGUGGGGUGGAGUCUCAUCAUCUUCGGAGCCCUGCAGGUCCCGCUGUGGACAAUCGCCGUGGCUCUUAGCAACCACAAGAGGCUCGACCAAUGUCUCUUGCCGGCUUCAUGCCAGGAGCUCGACGGCGAUUUCCCAACUUAUUCCGGAGUAUCGGAAGUUCAUUACAGACCAUAGCCGUUAUUUUCUUGGUCAUCAAUAAACACAAAAGUGUGUUGUGUUC